AUGUAUGCUCUGUCUCUGGUUUUGUUGCUUCUUGGGAUUGGAAUCACUCUUCGCCAGCCGUUCCAGAGAAACAUGGAUGAACAUCAAGACUCUCCUUUAGGCUUUACACAGAUUACAGCCAAGAAGAAAGUCAAAGGUCCCACUAUAACGAAGAAUGUCACAUCCAAACGCCUCCAUGAGGAGAGGUUGCAUGUUGAUAUUGAUGAGAUCACUAGGAAACCUACGAGAGACUCAGCUGCCCAGUUUAUAAGUACCAUGGGGGUUCAUGCUAGAACUAAGGAGAAAAGAAAGAAGGCACACGAGAUUCAGGCCAAGAAUGACACCACUAUUGUGAUGUCUCGUGGGGGUUAUUCAUGGCUUAAGAAAAAGUUGAUGAAUAGAAGAGACAUGGAUUUCGAGACUUCACAAGACGCUACUCGUGCCAAAAGAAAGGUAAAAUUUGUUCCGAGAGCUCCACCUCGUCAAGUGCCAAAGAAAGAAGUUAAAACUGAAGUGAUUGAUGAUGUUGAUGAAGAUCAGGCUAAGGAUCUGCUGCGGCGGUUCAAUGAGAGUGCAAUGAAGGCAAAGCUCAAAGUUGAGAAAAAAGUGUCAGCUUCUCAAAUUGCUUUUGGUUAUGGUGGGGAAUCAACUUCUAUAAAAUCAUACAGUAUUUCCAGGGAGGGGUGGGAUUAGUACCAACACAAGUCAGAAUUCAGCAUUCAAUGGUAUGGGAAUGAGAAAGAAUACAAAGAACCAUGGGACUAUGACAGUAAUUUUCCAGUGACUCUUCCCUUGAGGAGGCCUUAUUCAGGAAACCCAGUGCAUCUUGAUGAGGAGGAAUUUGGGGAGACUAGAACUUACAAUGAGAAUGAAUCAAAUUCAGCAAUGGAGCUUGGCCUUUUGGAGGAGAACUUAGAGGCAAAUAUGUUCUUCAUAAAUUUGCCUCCAACAUUGCCUAUGAUUAAAGAAUCAGCUGCUGCAUCAAGCCAAGAUCUUAAAGUGAACUCUAAACCUCUUAGAGAUUCAAAAAAAGUGGAGAAACUCUAUAAGUUGAACGAGUUACCAACUGGUUUCAUGGGUAAAAUGCUUGUAUACAAAAGUGGUGCAAUCAAGUUGAAGCUUGGGAAUACCCUUUAUGAUGUUUCCUCUGGUAUGAAGUGUGCAUUUGCCCAAGAUUUGGCUGCUAUUAAUACUGCUAAAAAUCAAUGUUUCAAAAUUGGGGAGAUCAGCAAACAUGUUACUAUAACUCCGGAUGUGGAUGCCAUACUUGACAAUUUAUCUGAACUUUUAUAA